CCGCUAUAAACAAGCUGUGGGGGGUGAUUUUAAAUAUUGUAUUUUAGUUUAUACCAUUCAACGCUAACGAAACACAUAAAAUAGAUUAAAAUUUAGCAAAAGACAAAUAAUUUGACUUUUAAGGAAUGUUGAAGAUAUCUCACAAGUAUAAUCAUUCCUUUAUGUCAAGAAUUGGUAAUGAAUUUUUCUCAACUAUUUAAACAGACCAAUGGCCAAUGUGAAUUCUCACCAGAUGGCAGGCUCUUGGCUUACACCAACAGUCAGCGGCUUGUCAUUCGUGAUGUUCAGUCUCUACAAGUUGUAUGUCAGUUUACCUGUGUUGAUUCUAUAGAAAAAAUUGAGUGGGCUUCAGAUUCAACAUACAUCCUUUGUGGUAUGUUCAAACGAAGAGUUGUUCAGGUUUGGUCUGUACAAGAACCAACUUGGACAUGCAAGAUUGAUGAAGGAUCUCUAGGGCUGAUAGAUGUUUUAUGGAGUCCUGAUGGGAGACAUAUACUGACUACAGCAAAAUUUCAUCUGAGGAUCACUGUCUGGUCCCUUGUCAACAAGUCUGUCUCUUACAUAAAGUACCCUAAAGCUACCAAACCUGGACUUGCUUUCAGAAAUGAUGGGAAAUACUUAGCUCUUGCAGAGAGACGGGACUGCAAGGAUUACAUCAGUAUAUUUGUAUGUUCCACAUGGCAGCAUAUUAAG